AUGGGGAAUGAUAUUAAAUUUUUGAGAGGAAAAUCAGUAAUAUAACUACUUGAAAUUAGAAAAUGGAAAGUGUUAAAAGAAGCAGCAGAAAAAAAUGUUAAAUCCAUCUAUGUGCCAUUAAAUACUCAAGAGAAAGAUAAAAAUGAAGUCAGUAAUUUGAUGAAUUUAGAUUAAUUUGAUGAUAAAGAUGGAGAAGUGAAUGAGUUUUUAUAUGAAGGGAAAACAGUAUUGCUAAUUCAUGGAUUAGCUGGAUCAGGAAAAAGUACUACAGCCAAAAAAAUUGAAGAAUUUAUUUGGAAAUUACAUGAAAGUAAUAAAAAAAUUGGGAAUUAUGUACUAAUACCUGUUUAUAUUUCAUUACCCUCUUUAAAAAACCCUGUGUUUUAAGCAGUAGAGGAAUCACUUCAUUAAGAUGAUUACGGGUUUGAUGAUCUCUAAUUGAAAGAAUGUAAAGAAAUGUUGUAAAAGAAAGAAUUUCGAUUCAUAUUUAUAAUGGACAGUUAUAAUGAAAUGAAGCUAGAGAAUAUUUAGAAAAAUUUAUACUUUAAUAAUAAGCUCAAAUAAAAUUGACAUGAAUGGUAAGUAUAGACUUAAAAACAAAAAGCUCUAGAUUUUAAAAGGUUUGAACAGAGUUGGGAAAAGGUCUAGUCAUCAUUUUUGAAAUUCGAUGAAGCAAGAUGGAAAUCUGAGACUCUUUUGAAUGAAAAAUAAACAAUCAGUAUUUUAUAAUUUUUGAAGGAUGAUGAGUUAAUUGCUUUAAAAAACAAUGAAGCUAUAAGAAGCUUGAGCAUAAAUUUACAAAAAUUAUGGAGUUUUAAAAAGUCUGAAGAUAUGAUGAAGUCAGUGAAUCUAAAUAAAUUAGUGGAAACUCCAUAUAUGAUGGAAAUUAUAAUGUAAGUGUUGCCCAAUAUGAUUCUUAAAGCAAAUGAGAUUAUUAACAUUAAAUAAACCUUCUUGAAGAAUUUUUCAAAGAUGUUGAAAGAAUUCUACAUAAGUAAAUACAGAAUUCAAAUGUAUAAAUCACAACAGAAAAGGCAUCUGUA